UUUCCAUAAAAAGAAGAAAUUGUGAUACAACUACAUUGUAAAGCGUGAAAUUAAGACGCGAAUAAGCAUUCGACCGCUCCGGUACUGUGUGGGUCAGAGUCCAAGUGUACGACGCGAAUGAAACGACGUCUGCUGUCGGUUUUCAUCACUCCACGGCACGUAAAAUUCUAUAGCUGCCGGUUCCUGUCGUUCUUUGGCAAUCAUGCUGGAGCUGUAGACUAUAGGUAUCCCCUCAGAAUGGAAUCUCGGCCACCAGUGUACCAGCGGGCCUACUUCGAUAACAACCGACGAUGGAAAUCUGCACCGUAUAAAGGGAAUUCAUCGGCCACGAGUCGAUCAGGGAGGGAGCGUUUUGAGUUUACCCUUAUGAGCUACAACAUACUGGCACAGGAUUUACUGGAUGGCCACGCGUUCCUCUACGCAAACAACAAUCCGCAUGCCCUGCCAUGGCCUCAGCGUUACGAGCGGCUGAUCGCGGAAAUCAAUGCGGUUCACCCGGACAUUCUGUGCGUGCAGGAGCUACAGCAGGACCACGUCGAUAUGUUUUGGACCGGACUGGCUAGCUUCGAUUACGCGCUGCUGUACAAAAAGCGCACGGGUGGAGAGAAAACCGACGGGUGUGCGGUGUUCUACCGGCGCAAUCUAUUCGAUCUCGUAACGCACCACGAGGUGGAGUACUUUCAGCCGAAUGUGAACAAACUAAAUCGCGAGAAUGUGGCCAUUAUCGCCAAACUGGCGCUGAAAUCGAACCCUCGAACAAAUCUCGUCGUCUCCACAACGCACCUCUUGUACAACCCCCGGCGACAGGAUGUCCGACUGGCGCAAAUACAGGUGCUGCUCGCCGAGCUCGAUCGAUUCGCGUACAGUGGAAAACUGCCGAACGGUAUACCGCAGUACCAUCCGGUUAUACUGUGCGGUGAUUUCAAUCUGCAGCCACAUUCAGCACCAUACCGGUUGCUGACCGAGGGGUAUCUGCGUUACGAUCAACUUUCGGCCCGCACGCUCGAACCAGAAAACCACAGUUUCGGGGAAUCGACUGGAAAGCACUUUUUACCUCAUUCCCUGGGUAUAACCGACGGCUGCCAGCAUGACACCUUGAAGGACCGGGGUCAGACCCACCGGGAUUCAACCGUUCCACCAUCGGAUGCGACAAAACUUUAUCACUCCAAUUAUGUCAGCUUUUGCAACCCAUCUCCAUCACCGGAAGCUGGUUCCAGCGAGCUCAACGGAACGGUUGGUUCGAGCGAGCUCAACGAAUCGUCUGCCUCACCGUCCCAUGAAGAAAUGGCAGGCAAAAAGGGAUCUCCCAAACAGGAAUUUUCUACCGGUUCGCUCAGUCAUCGGUUUGUGUUCAAUUCGGCCUAUCGUCAGGAACCCGGUAAAUCCGCGAGCAAGCAAAGCCAAGGACAGCAGACAGCCACCACGUUUCAGGAUGAGUGGAUUACGGUCGACUAUAUGUUCUACACGCCGUUCCGAUCAGUAGCAGAGUGUAAUCGAACCCUGCCCAACUGGAACCUAGAGCUGCUCGGCACCUACGCGUUGCCUACGGUCGAGCAGUGCUCUUGGCAGAUUGGUCAUAUACCAAACAUGUUCUACGGGUCGGAUCACUUUUCAUUGGCCGCACGCUUCGCACUAACCACGCCGACGGAGAAACCGUGACCGGCGUACCAUAGUUCGUUGAGUAUUGACUCAAUGGUUUCGUUAUGCUGUUUCUUUUUAACUUAUUGUGACACACUCUGUAUGAUAUAUUGCUUCACAUACAGAAUAAAUGACGCGGAAUAUGAAUGUCUUCCUACCGAACAAA